GAGAUAAACAUGCGAGUAGUAGCGCUAGUUAGCGGCGGCAAAGACAGCACGUUUAACAUGAUGCAAUGCAUCGCUGCCGGCCACGAAAUCGUAGCUUUAGCGAAUUUAGUACCCUAUUCGAAAACAGAAAUAGACAGUUUCAUGUAUCAGAGCGUAGGACACGAAGCGAUCGAUCUCAUAGCUGCUGCUAUGGACUUGCCGAUGUAUAAAAGAGAAACGAUGGGAAUAUCUAACGAUAGAGGUAAAACGUACACUCCGUCCGAUAGCGAUGAAGUAGAAGAUUUGUACAUUCUGCUCGAACAAAUCAAGAAGGAUGUCGAGUACGAUGCUGUAUCGGUCGGUGCCAUUUUAUCCGAUUACCAAAGAAUAAGGGUAGAAAAUGUUUGUAUAAGACUCGGGCUGUUGCCUUUGGCCUAUUUGUGGCAACGCAACCAAAUAGAAUUAUUGGACGAGAUGAUUAAAUGCGAAGUCGACGCCAUAUUGAUCAAAGUUGCUACUCUCGGAUUGGAAACGAAGCACCUCGGAAGAUCCCUGAGCUCCAUGCAGCCCCAUCUGUUAACCAUGCACGAGAAGUACGGGCUGAACGUAUGCGGAGAAGGAGGCGAAUACGAAACUCUUACGUUGGAUUGUCCUUUGUUUAAAAGUAGAAUAGUUGUUGAAGAUUCCGAAGUUGUUAUUCACUCGACGGAUCCGAUAGUAUCGGUGGGUUAUUUGACAUUCAAGAAGCUUUCUUUGGAAUUGAAAUUACCCGCGCUGGAUUUGCAAGAUCGAUUAGAAGGUUUACCGUUGAAGACUAGUGAUGGAUUCGUUACGGAUCAAGAGGAAGACAUCUUCAAGUCCCAUGAAGAUAUCGAUGAAGUUCAAAACGAUAUAACACCUUCCGGUAACGUUGAUGGUUCGUUUGUAUCGGAAAAUGUAGUUCAAGAGGCCACAUCGGCUUACAGCGAAAAAGAAGGUUGGCUGUUCGCAGGAGGUAUACAGGGCACUUCCAACAACGCUUUCGAUGCCAUGAAACAAGCUUUAAGUGUCUUAAAGUCUGAAUUGACUAAGUACGAUCACACUGCAAGGGACGUGAGCUCUAUCACGAUGUUCAUAGGGGAUAUGUCGCAAUAUGCGGCUUUAAACAAAUUAUACAUAGAUACUUUUAGUUUUUCCAAUCCGCCUACUCGCGCAUGCGUUCAAGUACCCUUCAGUCCCGAUAAUCCCGUGAGAAUUGAAGCGGUUUCGUGGAGGGAUAAGAAGCACGAUGUGGGAGAUAUUACGGAGAGGCAUACGAUCCACGUUCAAAGCAGAUCUCAUUGGGCGCCUGCGAAUAUUGGGCCGUACAGCCAAUCCGUGAGGAUAAAAAAUUUCGUCCAUUUAGCUGGUCAAAUCGGUUUAGUUCCUGGCAGUUUGGAAAUGGUGAAAGGCGGCAUAAAGGCGGAAUGUAAAUUGGUCCUGAGACAUUUGAAAAGACUGUUAAUGGCUGUGGAUCCCAAAUUUAAUUUGAGAAACGUCGUUCAGGGUAUUUGUUAUGUAACGGAUUUCUCGUAUAUUAGCGCAGCUAGGAAACUAUGGGAGGAGAGAACGAAUAAUGCUAUCGUAGAUUACGUUGUGGUAACGGGUUUGCCUAGAAAUGCAACAGUCGAAUGGCACGUUUGGGCGCAUAAAUACAACAACCAAUUCGAUUACGAGGAAAGGGGCAAAUGCAUCGAUAAUUUCUCCAUAUCGAUAUUCCGAAGGUGGAAUUACGAGAACCACGUUUCAACAGUACUAUGCAGAGUGUCCCAUCUGGACGAUAAUAUUUCCCUGGAUCCCGCCAUCGUCCACGAAGCGUUAGAUUACGCUCUGGAAAAGCUCCAGCAGGGCCACGAGACCGGCGUGUCGGUCAUAAAUCUGAAAAUAUUCUACUCGAUAAGGAAAAACGUCGCGGAAAAGGACAUUUCCGGCUACUUCGAAAAGGUAACGAGAAAUCCGAUUUUGAGUUAUACCUUCGUACCUGUCGUAUCUCUGAAUAGCGAGCAUACGAUUCUGUCAAUUUGUGGAAUUAGAUUUCCGUAA